UCUGAGUAGGCACGUUGCAAACAUGCCAGCGAGAGUGUUUGGGGGAGGAGAAAGCUGCUGGGUGCAUGCCUCCUCGGUUUGACUCCCCGCGCCGGGAGAUGUGUGAGGUUGGAUGUGCGUGCUGUCACAGGCAGAUAUUCGGGGGCAGCUAAGAGAGAGCUCGAGCACUCUGCUUCCACGGCAGGAGAGCGAGGCUGCUGCUGAAAGUACAAGCUGGCAGGAUCAUGACAGAACCAAGCAGCAGAAAGGAAGGAUUUAAAAAAUGCCGGAGUGCUACUUUCAGCAUCGAUGGCUAUAGCUUUACAAUUGUUGCAAACGAGACAGGUGACAAAAAUGCACGACCACUUUCACGAUUUGCCCGCUCUAAAUCACAAAACUGCUUGUGGAACACCAUUAUUGGUGGGCUGACAGGUAACCUCAAGGAAAAGCCGAAGCCAACCAUCAUCAGUGACCCUAGACCUCCUGAAGAAAUUUUAGCAGAUGAACUACCACCAGUGGACAGUCCUGAGGCAUUGGUGAAAACAUCUUUCAGAUUGCGGUCCUUGGUAAAGCAGUUAGAAAGAGGGGAAGCUUCCGUUGUAGACCUAAAGAAGAAUUUGGAAUAUGCUGCGACUGUUCUUGAGUCAGUAUACAUUGAUGAAACUAGGCGUUUACUGGACACAGAAGAUGAGCUCAGUGACAUUCAGUCCGACUCUGUGCCCUCGGAGGUCCGGGACUGGUUGGCUUCUACCUUCACACGGCAGAUGGGGAUGAUGCUCAAAAGGACAGAGGAAAAACCCCGGUUCAGGAGUAUUGUCCAUGCAGUACAAGCUGGAAUAUUUGUGGAAAGAAUGUACAGACGGACUUCAAAUAUGGUCGGUUUGAGCUACCCACCAGCUGUAAUCGGCGUGCUAAAGAACGUAGACAAGUGGUCCUUUGAUGUAUUUGCACUAAAUGAUGCCAGUGGGGAUCACGCGCUGAAAUUCAUUUUCUAUGAACUUCUCACACGCUAUGAUCUGAUCAACCGUUUCAAGAUCCCCAUUUCUGCCCUGGUGUCCUUUGUGGAAGCUCUGGAGGUUGGCUACAGCAAACACAAAAACCCUUAUCACAACCUAAUGCACGCCGCAGAUGUGACACAGACGGUCCAUUACCUCCUUUUCAAGACAGGCGUAGUGCACUGGCUGACAGAGCUGGAGAUCUUCGCUAUGAUCUUUGCAGCUGCCAUCCAUGACUAUGAACACACUGGAACCACCAACAACUUUCAUAUCCAGACACGGUCAGACUCAGCCAUUCUAUAUAAUGACCGGUCUGUGCUUGAAAAUCACCACGUUAGUGCAGCGUAUCGUCUUUUGCAAGAUGAUGAAGAGAUGAAUAUUUUAUCUAAUCUCUCAAAGGAUGACUGGAGGGAAUUCAGAGCUCUAGUGAUUGAGAUGGUGUUGGCCACCGAUAUGUCCUGUCACUUCCAGCAAAUCAAAGCCAUGAAGAAUGCUUUGCAGCAGCCAGAAGGAAUUGACAAGCCGAAAGCCUUAUCACUGUUGUUACAUACAGCAGAUAUCAGUCAUCCAGCCAAGGCCUGGGAUCUCCAUCAUCGCUGGACCAUGUCUCUGCUAGAAGAGUUCUUCAGACAGGGUGACAAAGAAGCAGAACUAGGGCUUCCCUUUUCUCCACUGUGUGAUCGCAAGUCUACUAUGGUUGCUCAGUCUCAAAUAGGUUUCAUUGAUUUUAUUGUGGAACCCACUUUUACUGUGCUGACCGACAUGACUGAGAAGAUUGUGACUCCGCUCAUUGAUGAAGCUUCCCGCUCUGGGAUGUCCGGGUUCAGGCGUUCCAGCCUGAAUAGCAUUAGUCCCUCCGAAGUUAAAAAAUCAAGUGUCAAGAGCACUGGGUCUGAAGGAAGUGCCUCACUCAACUGCUCCAUACUCACUGUGGACUUCAAAUGUUUCAAAGCCACUUGGACCGAGGUUGUGCAGCAGAACCGGGAGAAAUGGAAAGCGCAAGCCACCAAAGAAGAAAAAGCUAAGAAAGAAGCAGAGGAAAAUGCUCAUCAGGGAGCAGAUGAAAAGAAAACAGAUGAAAAGGAUAAGGAUCAGCCAGCUGAAGAUGCCACAGCAGCAAAGGCAGAGAACAGCAAAGAACCAAAUCCUGGGGAAAACAAAAGCGGAGAUUCCAAUAAGAAUCAUGUAAAUGGGACUCAGCAAACUGGGGUGAACAAACCUGAAACCUCUCAUGGGAAAAACGCACCUAGGACAGAUAAGGGAAUGGGCUCUUACCACACAGUGGGAGAAGAGAAACAGCAUGUCCAGAAUGGUGAAUUAAAGGAAGACAAUAAGUUGGACAAAAAAGAUCAGUCCAGUGUAGGGGAUGAAUCAAAGAGAACAGAUGAUACAGAAGAGUAAAAAUAUAUUAAAAAAAAGAGACUGCAAAUUUCUUUCAUCAUUUUAGCUGAGCUUCUUCAUUCCCGUUCUCCUCCUCCUUCUGCAAAGACCAGUUUCUGGGGAAGGCGUUAAACAACUUUCAAAACACUCCUCCUCCCACUGGCUACUCCACAGCUAAUGACUCUGGGUUCUAGGGUGGGGGCCUUGGUUUUUUGGGUCAGUUUAUUUUUGUUUGUUUGUGUAUGUGUGCAUUUUUUGUUGUUUUGGGAAGUUUUUUGUUAAAAAAAAAAACAAAAAAACAAACAAAACAAGUAGUGAUUUCCUGAUGCAAAUGGUUCCAUUCCUCUGGACAGGUAAAGCAAAUAGAUAAGUCAUCUUCAAAAGCUGGUAUUGCCCUUUGCUGUGCCUCAGAUUGUGACACCAACAUUAGGGUGAUGCAAAAGAAUAUUUAGGAAAAAAAAACAAAAAAACCAACUUGAUAAUACUUAACCUUUACUCUUUAUUUUCCCUGAGAGCCUUUUCUAAGGUGCUGGUAGACAGAAUUUGACAUCAGUUUUCACCUCACCACAGAUUUUAUUAAUAAGAAUAGUGAAUUUGUAGAGUCGUUUGACCAUUUGUUAAGAUUUGAUGUCUUUCCCAGAUGAUGCAAUGAUAGCAAAAUGUUUUUGUUUCUAAACAGCAGGCAGACUCACUCAACCCUUGAUUUUGUUCUGUUUUUGCAGUUAGUAAUAGGAAAGGAAUAAUCAAUGAAAACAAUAUUUCCUUGGGGCAAAUUUUGUUGUCAGACUCUGAGAGCAUGUACUAAUGUACUGCUUGAUGUGCCUGCCUUAACUUGAGAUUUCAGAUAAUGAGUUGUCUCUUACAUUUGUUCAUGGGCUACUAGUAACCGCUUUUUGUUUGACCUGGAGAUCUAAGAGAAGGGGGGCAGCAGGGAAUCACACGGAUCAAUUCUUAGUUUCAUCUCAGUGUAGUCUUUCUUUUAUCGCUGGCUGAAUGGACAGGCCAAAUAAAAGGAAAAGCGUUGUUGGGAGACGUACAGACAGACAAAACCAAAAUGAACAAGUGUGUCCUAAAUACACCGCUGGACUUGGUGGAUAAAACUGUCUCAUCCAGUGGAGUUAGACACAUGGAAAGUAGCCAUCAUUUUGGCCCAUUUUAAAGAAGAAAUGUUAAAAAACUAACUUGCUCAGGCCUUGAUUCAGGAAGGUAUCUUUGUAUAAGAAACGCCAAAUGUAUGUAAGUGCUUUUCUGGCUUGGGAUCUUGGUAGCGAUCCUGUUAAUUGUAAGUAAUUUUACCUGUCUACGUGGAAAUCAAGACCGUACGUACACAUACAACUGUUUUUAUGCCUAACUCCUUUUUUUUCAGGAUAAGGUCUUGCUGUGUUAGUCGUAUAUGUGUUUUACAAGGAAUCAGACUGCUGUCAUGGCUCUUUGCUAUGUAGCGAACAUGCAAAAUACGGACUUAGGAAGGUAAAUCUUUGGUGUUUCCUUUUCAUGUUUAAAAGCACAGGACUUUACCACCAGCCUAUAUUAGAGCUUGGGUCUCUGUUGCUGAUUGAACUGUGCAUGUACAGGGACGAGCUUCCCGCAACACUAGCAAAAAUCACAGCAGUGAGCUCAGCCUAAAUCCAUAUUUAAACACAAAUACCUUCUCACUCAGGAGUGUUUGUAUCUGGGAUUUUGAUUAUUGAGGCUAGAGACAGUUUGAAUUCUUUUUUUGGACACCGCAGUUUGAGUUUGUUCAAAGCUAGAUAUUUAGAUUAGGUUCAUGCUGUGAAAAGGUUGCACUUCAAUCACAUGUUUUCAGAAGAAUUACAAAAAUAACUCCUGCAGUUCUUAGAACUCGCAGUUGGCUUCACUGAACCAGCUCAUUUAACUAGAAUAAAUAUAAGGGCGCAUAGUGUUCACACUUGUGAGCUCCUGGUUCAAUGGGAGCUCUGGGGUAGAUUUUCUGAGGAAAGUGGGGUGUUGGGAGGACAGUGGCCGUGGGGACAGUGCUGAGUAGACUCCAUGUUGUGUGGCAGGCAGAGAGCUGUGGCACCAUGUAGCGCUUUUCCACCUCCCCUUCCCCUCUCCUCCAUCAGCAUUCAGCCCUGAUAAGAGUUGUAGGAUAUGAGUUCCAGCCCUGACCAGGCUCUUUGAAGGCACAUUGAUGAAAUAUCAAUAACGCAGAACUAAAUACUGCAGCGGUGACUCAGUCCCUGCUUAGUCAGACUUCUCCCUGAAGUCAGGGGGAACAUAUGCUCACAGCGUGUUUGGUCAGAGGUGCAGGAUGAUUUAGUCAAUAUUUUGUAAGUUAUCCUUACCUAAUGCACAGACUAAAGAUGCCUUAGAUUAUACACAAUAGAAUAAUAAUAAUAAUUAUUAUUAUUAUUAUUAUAAAAACCUAAAUAUUUUUUUUCAUCUGUUUCUGAGAUAUAUAUUUUCUUUCUUUCUGGGAGUGAUUCUUUCAGGCAGCAAAGCCUAACUGCUUAAUUCACGGCUGGUUAGUUCUUGUUUCUCAUGCACUGGCACAUAGGUGUGAAAUCAGACUGGAAAAUGUUUUUCCUUGAUUGUUAGGGUUAUUCACCACCGGCAGGAGCUAAGAAGGGAGGUGGUAGAUUUGCCAUCUCUCGGGGACUGCAGAUCAGAACUGCCAUUCUAGAAGAGAUUUUACAGUCAAAGUUACUGAUCUCAGCACACAGGUAUGCAGCAAAAUGUUUUGCAGUAUGCAGGCAGACAGAGCUAGCUGUAACCUUCUCCUGCUCUUUUAAAAUAAUUUGAAUAAGAUACAGUGGAUUAUUAGCAUUUUUUAGGAUUUUUUGUUGUCACAUUAAAAAAAAAAAUCCCCCUAAUUCUAUCAGCUUGGAAAUAUAUAAAGUGAAAGUGAAAUCUAGAAAUAGAAAUCCUACAAAGAGACUAGGCCAGAUGAAAGCAUCUGUUGUGAGGUCCCCUCCCAGGAUCACACCUAUGUACCCCUUUGCAGCCCCCACACCUCCUGGAACACUCUGCAGCAUCGUGCUAGUGCAUUGUGAGCCAAGGAAUGGUAUGUUUAGACACCUCCCACUUAAACUAGAGAUCAGACACUGUGCAAUUGUGUAAAUAAAAAUAAAAAUUAAAAAAAAAAUAUUACAGAACUGUUUUCUCUUAUUUUAUUCCACAAAGGGAAACUAACAAACAAACAAAAAAGUGGAAAAGGAUUAGGUGUGCAUCAGGUAAUGGCCUAUGUUUAUAAAGAGCGAGUAAGGUUUUCUGGUUUUACAUCCAUACCUAACUUUCCCCCAACGUGUAGAAAUUCCAUUUUUCAGAUGCCUUCCUUUUCCAUCCUCAGUAAGACUAUGCAAGCAAUGAAUAUGUCAGAAAUUCUGCAAAUAUAGGGCCAAUACUGUUGGCCUCAUGCUGAAAUUCUACAGAAUUAUUUGGGAGCACCCACCAGCAGGCACAAAGGGGGUCUGCUGCUGCCAGGACACUUCUUAUGGAGGGCGGCACAGGCUGGGAAGCUGUGAGAUAAAGACGGUACUCUUGCCUCUGUGCAGUGACUGCUGGCACUCUCAGAAAGCUCUGCCUUUCUGGAAGAGCAUCAGGUGUCUUCUACUUCCCAGAAACUCUUGUGUAACUCAAGAGGGAGAAUCCAGGCACUUAAAACAGGGAGGGAUACCAUUGCAAGAAUCCCUGUCAGGGUUUUUCCCUGUAGCUGGGAACGAGCAGACCUUUGACUCAUGGUGAUAUAGUGCUUGAGCUCCUGGAUGCACUAUAAUUAAAAAAAAAAAAAAAAAGACCAGUGAUAUGUUUUUAAAGAUUCAUAGUAUCACAGAACUGUAAUACUUGGGGUUGGAAGAGACCUUUAAAAGUCAUCUAGUCCAACCCCCGCUGCAGUGAGCAGGGACGUCUUCAACUAGGUCAGGUUGCUCUGAGCCCCAUUCAACCUGACCCUGAAUGUUUCCAGGGAUGGGGCACCUACCGCCUCUCUGGGUGACCUGUGCCAGUGCUUCAGCCCUCUCAUUUUAUCCUGUUCAUUAUUUAAAUGGCAGAAAGGGUGACAGUUCUCUGGGCUGUACUCAGUCAGUGAUUUGAACUGUGUGCUUCUGCAAGAAGUGUUCACACAUGUGAAAGAAGGGAUUUGCUUAUUUUUUAAACUAUUUUUUUAAAUGUAAAAACCUGUCAAAAUGCCGUAGUCAACCAGCUUUCCUUACAAGCUACACAGUUGUGUUGGUUUUUUUUCCAAAGUUAUAUGGUUAGAUUUCUAUGUUUAAUUAUAAAAAGAUGAUGGAUGUCAUUAUGUUUUCCGUAUUUGAGAAAAAAGUUAGGUGCCAGCAGCCAACAUUUGUUUUUGCUGAUAAUAAAAUAGUAGAUUAAAAAAAGAAAUUUUGCUAUUUUAGACUUAAAACAUAUUUCAGAGUAGUCAAUCUAGGUAGACUGAUACUUAUCUAAAAGUGCAGCCUUUUGUAUAGCUCCAGCUGGUGUAAAUACGCUAUGUAUUAAUACAGUAGGUUGUUGAGCAUCAGAAUGAAUCUGGAAUUUGGGAGCCUGGUUCCUGGUGGGUGAAUAAAGGAGGUAAAUUCCUUUUUCUCGAUGUUUCUUUUUUCAAGCAUAAACAAACUGUAGUUGGUUAUGGCAGAGAAGAAUGGUGUAUGGGGUGUUUUUGCAAACUACCCUUUGAAUAUGCAGAAGUUUGCAUAUGUACUUACGAAGUCUUACAAGCUCAGUGUGGAAGCAAAAAUAUUUCUGACUAGACAGCUGAUAGUGCUAUGCUGCUUUGUAAUCAGAAGGUCCUUGAGCUCACCUAGCUAAAGGCAAAUACCACCUGAAUUUGCUGUUAAUCCUUGCAAAUUCUACAGUGGGUCCCAAACGUGACUUUAAAUGAAAAAACACAAUAAUCUUUUAAAUUAGAAAUCAUGGAACCUGACAAGGACAGUACCUUUUUUUUGCUUCAACUAGAAUGAACUAGUCUAGCUCCAGGAACCCAUGAGAUGGUCUUAAAUAUUUCUUAUUGGCUCCUUUUCCCUCACAUUUCAUUUUAUAAUAAUGAAACUCAUCAUCCUCUGAUGAUCUAUAGCAUAUGUUAGCCAUUUAUCCUCAGCAAAUGACAGCAUAAUCAAGUCCUUUUCUCUUACGCUUUUUUAAUCCAUCACCUCACCCAAUAAUUAAAAACAACAGAGCGAUCCUGUGCUUCUGCAUGUGUUGAACUGAUGCUGAUCUCGGAGCUGUGCUGGUGCGGUGUCUGAACAUCAGCACUCAAAAGCAGGAACAUGCUGGCUGAGGAUGAGAAGGAGCCCUGCAGCACUGACUCCAUGCAGAUCACUCUGGGGAGUGGGCAUCAGUGCUGGCCAGGUAGAAAGAAGGGGGAAAAAACGUGCUUUCACAGCUGAAGGAGUAAAUUCAGCUCUCUCUGAAGUGGGUACAGAGGUGUUCCACACUUGUAUUACGCACAACGCGAGCAGGUCUGCUCCAGUCGGUUUAGUGGCAGGUGUGCAUCCUAAAGCGAUGCUCCCCCUGCUUCCACAGGCAGACAAGUUUUGUGAUCCCAGAUUCCCUGAUUACUCCGGUCAAAGCAGGAGCAGGGCACGUGAUGGCUGCCAAUGCCGUUAUUUGCUGUUAAAAUGAAACACUGGCCGUGCAUUCCCACUUGCUGAGAUUGCCUUCUCGUUGCUGCAAUGUCCCUUUUGAUCCCCAGCAAGCACAGAGGGCUCUGAUCUGUAUCCAAGCAGGACUGGGACACAUGCCUAUCUUUGAGGCAUCAGUUCUCACUGCUCUGGUGACUUGACCACCAGGCAGAAGAAAAUGGAGCUACUUCCAUGCAAGCUGGCUGAGAACCUGAAGCUCGGUUGCAGCGAAUUUAUUUACCCUCAUACCUAAGAGCAUGACAGCACUCACUUGCAAGCCUCACAGCACAAUUUUUGGUAUUUUUUGUUCUUUCCAUUUCUUUCAAGUGUGUACAUAUUGACUGCUGUGUACUCAUAACACCCUGGUUUUAGAAGCUAUCCAGUGGUAGGAGGAAUACACGUAAUCCCGUUGUCUCUGCCGGUGGUCGUAGGACUGCAUCUAUCAAACAAAAUUGCUUAUGGCCAUUGGGGUUUUCUAGUGAUAAAACCUAGCAGUAGAAUGACAGAGUGAGCAUUUUCUUUUUCUUCUUGCUUGGAUAAUAUUUUUAUAUACUUUUAUAUGCAAUUUUUUAAGAUAUUUGCUAUUUUUAUUGUAGGGUUCUGGUUGGGUUUUUAGCAGACUUUCUGGUUGUCUACAGGCCCAGAUUCUCACAGGAAUAUUUCCCUUCCCUUUUCUCCUCCCCAUUCCUCCCCAACAGACUGAAGCCAUUGCAUUUGCAACAUAGCUUAGAGCAAAAUAAUACUUAGGGCCUGAUCACUCUUUUAGUUGCACUGAAAUCAAAGGAAGCUGCAUGCAAAGUCCUGCUGGUCCCACCGCAGCAUCUGGGGCCAAAGUUUAAAUAACCAAAACAUAUACAGCUAAUUAUGUGCAGGGCAGUCUGUGUAAAGCCAAUGCAUCAGGGUGGCACUGUCUUCCUUUGCUGUGGUAGGAGCUGCUUCCACCACCAUGUGUUUAAAUAAGACUAUAUAUCUCUCUCUUUGUUCUGAUGAUGCUGCUUCUGGUAGGCACUUCAAUCAAAGUCAUACCUUAGUGCACUGACUACCUUCAGCAGGGGGGAAGGGUGGACAUUGUGGCUUAUCUGUGACAGUAGAUUUCACUGCUCUUGUGGUUAACCCUACAGUGACAGGUCCUAAACAAAGUUAAGAAACAUUAAAUCUAUUAAAUCUAUUGGUUGGAAGGAUAAGGGGAAACUAACCAAACUCAAGGAUCUUGGUCUUGUAUAAUAACCUUUUCUCAGCUGGCAUUCUGCAAGGAAUCCUAUGUAUGAAGUUGAACAUAAACUUUAGAGUAUGCUUAUAUUAGCAGAACUGAUAGUGGAGAGGUCUUUCUUGAACUGAGCUAAAAUAAACAACAGACACCUGUUCUCCUACAUUUUUUGAGGAAGAGGCAGGUUGUUACACUAUUCUGCACCAGGGUAUAGAAAACAAGUUAAAAUACAUGCUGAAAGCAAAACUCAGUGCAAGUAUGUUCCUGGGCUGGGUGGGUAGGGUAAUGAAAAAAAAAAAAACAAACACCUGUUUGGUUUGUGAAGACCCAUAAGAAAAUAAAAAAUGCAAAGCUGAAAUGAACAAUGCCAUGUAAUGCCAAGUAUUCUCAACUGUUCUGAGAAUAAUUUUAAACAAUAAGUAUUUAUUGUUAGUUCCUUAUUUGAAAGGAGAGGCUUGUGGUCUCUAAAUGUAUAAAACAUUUUCCAACGUUCCAGUUUUUCUGUAACUUGAGUCCAUGUAUGUUCAUCCUAUUACCAAAUAAAGACAAUGAGGUCUCUGUUUCAUUUGCAUUAA